UAUGUAACUGUAUUUGUGUAUACCUGAAUAAACUUACUUACACAGAUUGAGCAUGUUGUUUAUAAUGAUAAUGAUAAUAAAUACAGUGAACCCUCUAUUAGAUGGACUAAAUAGAGGAAACUAGUGGCUAGUAAUAGCAACUGUGGUGACCAGAGAAAAGAUUUUUUUGUUGUGAUUGUAACAAUAAUGAACAGUUCCAUGACCAAAUGACUUUGUCCAUUGUUUCCAAAUCUACUGACCCAGCAGAUUUUGUUAUGUAUUUCCCAAAUAGAGGGUUUACUAUAAUAGUAAUAAUAAUAAUAAUAAUUUCAGGCGAGAGCCAUGUUAAUACUUUUCUUCAAGAACAUAAGGGUGCAGGAAUACAACACAUUGCAUUGUACACACCCACCAUAACGGCUACUGUUAAGUAUAUGAGUGACAAUGGUGUCACGUUUCGCAAACCUCCGCCAGUUUAUUAUGAAGAGGGUAUUAAACUGGAAGAAAUUGAAGAGGCUGGUUAUGGCAAGGAGAUUAAUGAUUUUAAGGCACUGGGCAUCUUACUGGAUACCGAAGCAGACGAAUCAAACGACUUCGGAAAUACUGAAACACGUGAGAAAAAGAGGUAAGGACUGUACAUGUAAA